UCAAAAGGGAAUUGAAUUUUGUCACCGGCGGCGUGUUCAAUCCCCUUCCCCCGCCGAGAUUUCGUCUCAGAAAUUCUUUUGCGAUUGGAGUUGAGAGAGAGAGAGAGAGAGAGAUGGCUGACGAGGAGAGGAAGAAGCGAGUGGUGGAGUCGCUGGGAUGGCUGACCGAGUCCUCGAUCAUGCCCAAGAAGCACCGCGCCAUCGCCGGCGUCGGCGCGUCCUCGAUCAUGGAGCUCAAAGCUCAGCUCUACAGGUCUCAGGAGGAGUCCAAGCAAUCUAAGGAUCUUUCCGGCGGUUCCGACGCCUCCUACCAUCGCGCCAAGAUUACCGGCCCCACGCCCGAUUCCUUCUCUCGCAAAAACUCCGGCGUGGAGGCACGCGCUCAUAAGGACAAGCUUGAGCUGAAAGCCAUUAACGAUGGUUCGAAAAGCUACGAAGCACUAGAGAAGAAGGCAGCCUUAUACGACAAGCUAGUUAAGGGAGAGCUCUCUGAUGAGGAGGACCAGGAAAAAUAUUGUGUGGAUUUCUUUCGCAAGAACCUCGAGCAUGAUGACUCACAGCAGCCACAAGGGCAUGACACGCCUUCUUCAGAAGUGCUGGAAGAUAGGGAUGACGAGGCCUCAGUGUUAUUUGAGACAAAUUUUACAGGACCUGGUCGAACAGUUGGGGCAAUGGAUAGGGACGAACAUAAGCGUUUUGUGAGGGAAGUACAUGAAGAGGUGAAUCAAGCACGAGAAAAGGCGUCUGACCUGAAAAUGCGCAGACAAAUCCAGGUAGAGGCUCGGCGUGAGAAACUGAAGCAGGCUUAUCUUCGGAAGCAGCUGGACAAAUUGAAGGCUGCAUCAGGUGAGGAGAAGAAGGCAUAGAAAAAUUGAGGGAUAGAACUGAGAAAAGCAGCUCUCCCGCUUCAAUUGGUUCGGGUGAACGGGGACAUUUCACAUCUGGAAGAUAUCAAGCUCUGGCGGCGAAUGAGGAACUUCCAAAUCCCGGUUUUGGCAAUUCUGCGGAGGCCUCGAACCAUUUCAAGCAGCUACAAGAAGAUGGCAUGCACAACAGUGGUAAUUACAAUUGAAGACGCUGAGUUAAUUGCACCUGCGACGAUGGAAAAGUGGAGUCAAAUGUACAUUUUCCUUCCAUUAACGUUCUUGAUCUGCAAGAACUGCGAUUUAGGUUAAGUGAAAUUACCUGUCGGGAGCGAAGCAAUCCCGUUGGAAGCUGCCUCCAUCUAAGUUGUGCCAGAUUUCAAUUUUGUUCUCUUCCUACAUGUAAGGUGAUACAUUUUGAGCGGAAAAUGAUUGUAUUGGGAAGCGCGAGCUCUCUCU